CUGGUCCUGCUCUCGGGCAUCCUGAUCAUCUGCCGCCGCUGCUGCGAGGCCGACCGCCGGCACUCCAGAGCCAGCGAUGACCCCGAGAAAACCAACACCACUUACCUGGAUGACUCGCAGCAGGCGCAGGAUAUCACUGGCAAAGCAGAGGACCCCGAGUGCCUGUCGUCCUCCAGCUACCGGGAUGCGGAGAGCGAGCGGUUCCUGUCCUCCAGCUCCUCCACUGCCCGGCGCGUCUCCUUCAACGAGGCCGCGCUCUUUGACCAGGGCAAGAAGUCCCAGGAGAAGGGGAGGAGGUACACACUGACAGAGGGGGACUUCCACCACCUGAAGAACGCCCGCCUGACUCACCUGCACCUCCCGCCGCCUGCCCUCAAGAUUGUCACCAUCCACGAGUGUGAGUCCAGCGAGAACAGCCUGGCCAUGACCCCCCGCCUGCCCCCGCCCAAGCCUGGUCUUGCCAUCUUCCAGCCCCCCGCGGGGGCCCUGCCCCGGCCGGUGCUCCCCAGCCAUGCCGUGGGCCCCAGCUCUGCCCUGCCCGGGGACACCUACAACUCCACCGUGGACACCAGCUUCACAGAGGCCAGCCCGUCCGCCUCCUCCGACUCCGGGGAGGGGCCCUCGGUGAGUGCUGGGGCGGGGGCCGGGACUG